GCCUAAGGAAGAAGGCAUUGUUACUUUAAACAACAAAAAUAAUAAUUUGAAUUCUACACCAAAAAAUUUAGAGGAAAAAGUUCAUCUUUUAAUUGGAAGAAAACAAAGAACGCUUCAUAAAAAAGAGAAAAUUGCGUCUAAAAAAGGAUCGAAAAGUGUUAGUGGACAGGAAAUGAUUCAGGCUUUAGACGUUUAUACAGCGUCUAGUAGCAGCACAGAAGAAUGCGUAGCAAAAUUACGUGCAGACCCGGAGAAUGGACUUUCCCAAGCAGAAGCUACAAGACGACUUGGUUUUAGUGGAUAUAAUGAAUUUGAAGUGAAGAAAAGUGAAUCUCUUUUGGGAAAAUAUUUUGAACAGGUUUGGGGGUUUUUGAUAGAGUAUUUGGUUUAAGGAAAGGUUGAGAAUAUUUUUUGUUUCAGUAAUUUUUUUCCGGUGGGCAAAGAGCCGAAAAGUUCGUCGCUUUUUUUUUUUGAAUUUUCUCCAUUUUUUAUUUUUUGGGGUUAAGUGGGG